AUGCAUAAACUAAUCUCCAGUAUUGAUAUCAGUGAUUUUGCAAACCCAGCCGAUCAGCCAGCCAAUUUUGACGAGGCCAUCUUUAAAAACAUCAUUGUAGUUUCGUUGCGCAAGACGUAUGGAAUUGUAGGCGCAGCGAUCUCUGUUAGUUUGUUACACUUUGAAUCUGGACGAUCAUGCAUUCGUGUGCCAUUCGAGCAAGCAGCAGUAGUAUCAAGUGCAUUGGCACUAUGCUUGGAAUAUGAUGGAGCAAGCUGUCGUAUUCAAGUCAUUGGACAGUCUCCAUUUCUAUGCUCAUUGGCAUUUCACCCUGUUUAA